CAUCCAUCAUCUUCCAUUGUCUACAAAUUAAUCCAGUUUUUUCGUAAGAGUUCAUAGCUCUGCUCACUAGAAAAAGGUGUAAUUAACUUUGUUGCUCUCGCCUCUCGCUCCAGAAUUAAAGUUUACUAACUGAAGUUUUCAUGGGGAAUUUUUUUGGAAGGAAUCAAAGCUUCCAAAUGGAUACGCAAUCUGCUGAAGUAGGUGUUGAAGAAGGGCCGAAUAAGAUUUUCAUCAGUCAGCAACAAGUGGUGGAUGAGGAGGUUCAAGCAAAAGUUGAGAUGCUUAUUGCCGAGCUCCAUGGGACAAAGCAUCACCCUCCUAACGACCCCGAUGCUCAAAAGCUUGACCAUGGCUUUCACUUCUUCAAGACCAACAUAUUUGACGCACAUCCUGAAUAUUUCAGUGAACUUGCAAAAGGCCAGAGUCCCAAGUUUCUGGUGAUUGCAUGCUCGGAUUCACGAGUAAGCCCCUCGGUCGUUCUCAACUUCAAGCCAGGUGAAGCCUUCGUAGGCCGCAAUAUCGGCAACAUGGUUCCUCAAUUCGACCAGUUGAGGCACACUGAAAUCGGUGCAGUCAUCGAGUAUGCAGUUAAAAGUCUUGAGGUAGAUAACAUAUUGGUGAUGGGACAUAGUCGUUGUGGUGGCAUAGAGAGGCUUAUGACACUUCCAGAUUACACUCAGACUUAUGACUUCAUCGAUGAGUGGGUGAAGAUUGGUUUGCCUGCAAAGAAGAAGGUCCUGCAAGAGGCUGGAGAUUUGCCUUUUGCAGAACAAUUAACCCUUUGCGAAAAGGAAUCAGUGAGGAAUUCGAUGGUGAAUCUACUGAGCUAUCCAUUUGUGAGAAACGCUGUAGUGAAUGGAACAAUGAUAGUGAGAGGAGGUUACUAUGACUUUGUUAAUGGAAGCUUUGAACAAUGGAAGAUGUGUACCCACUGAGGCCUUAUCAGCUAUUUUGCUCUAAAACACUUUAGUUCAAUUUGUAUUAUUUUGAGGUGUGGUUUUCUUACAAGCUGCCGUCUUCUUUGGAGGAUUUCACAUGCGCAAUAAAUGCUUGAUAAAUUAUUAGUUUUGGUUAA